AUGGGCAAUGCAGUUUCAUGCACUCCUUCCUUGAUACCCAAUGGGGUCUUCAAGGUCUUAUUCUUAGAUGGGAGACUAGAGGCCUACACAAAACCAAUGAGAGCUGCAGAACUCAUGUUAGAAUGCCCUGGACAAUUUGUUUGUGACUCUAGCUACCUCAAAGUGGGUCACCGUAUUCAUGGGCUUCUAGCUGAUGAAGAGCUUGAAAGGCGCAAAUUUUACUUCCUUCUACCAAUGGAGCUGUUGUACUCUGUGCUAACCCAUGAAGAAAUGAGCUCUCUUAAUUACAAAGCAUCCAGAGCAAUGAAGCAUGGAAGUUUUAACAAUUUGGCCAAGAUUUUUCCGGUGUUUAGUGAGUUUUGCAUGUUCCCCUCGGAGCUAAAGAGAUUAGAAUGUGAUAAUCAGGUGGUAAGGGAGCCAGAACCAGUGGAAAGGUACUCUAAGCAGAGAUCUUGGAAACCUGCACUUGAGACCAUUGAUGAAACUCCAUGA